GCGGCCGCGCGUGACCGCCCGCGCCGCACAGCCCCGCGCGCCUGAGCCUGCGCCGCCCCGGCCGCCGGUCGUCCGGCCCAGGCCCCGCGGAGCGAUGCUGCUGCUGGUGGCCACCUUCUUCAUGGCGUUCGUGCUGCUGCUCUACAUGCUGUCUCCGCUCAUCAGCCCCAAGCCCCUCGCCCUGCCGGGCGCGCAUGUGGUGGUCACGGGAGGUUCCAGUGGCAUUGGAAAGUGUAUUGCGAUCGAGUGCUACAAACAAGGAGCGUUCAUAACUCUGGUUGCACGAAAUGAGGACAGGCUCCUGCAGGCAAAGAAAGAAAUUGAAAAGCACUCGAUUAAUGAUAAACAGGUGGUGCUUUGUAUAUCAGUUGACGUAUCUCAAGACUAUAGCCAAGUGGAGAAUGUCAUAAAACAAGCACAGGAGAAACUGGGCCCAGUGGACAUGCUUGUAAACUGUGCAGGAAUGUCAAUUUCAGGAAAAUUUGAAGAUGUUGAAGUUAGUACUUUUGAAAGACUAAUGAGCAUCAACUACCUGGGCAGCGUGUACCCCAGCCGAGCCGUGAUCACCACCAUGAAGGAGCGCCGGGUGGGCAGGAUCGUCUUUUUGUCCUCCCAGGCGGGACAGGUGGGACUGUUCGGUUUCACGGCCUACUCUUCGUCCAAGUUUGCCAUCAGGGGAUUGGCUGAAGCUUUGCAGAUGGAGGUGAAGCCGUAUAACGUCUAUGUCACAGUGGCCUACCCACCAGACACAGACACCCCUGGGUUUGCAGAAGAAAACAAAACAAAGCCUUUGGAAACCCGUCUUAUUUCAGAGACCACAUCUAUUUGCACACCAGAGCAAGUAGCCAAACAGAUUGUUAAAGAUGCCAUACAAGGAAAUUUUAACAGUUCCAUUGGCUCAGAUGGGUACAUGCUCUCGUCCCUGACCUGCGGAAUGGCUCCAGUCACUUCCAUUACUGAAGGGCUCCAGCAGGUGGUCACCAUGGGCCUUUUCCGCAUGCUCUCUCUGCUUUACCUGAGAAGUUUUGACACCAUAAUUCGUCGCUGCAUGGUAGAAAGAACAAAAUAUGAAAUUACAGACAAAACUGCCUGAGCCUUGGAAAAAAGAGUGUUUCUAAAUAACGCGAGCAGCGUGUUGCUAAAUGGGACCCAGUUUUUGGCCUACAGACACUUAGGUUUUGCUUUUGAAUAUGUGAGAUUGGACCAGUGCUCUCCGGCAACCUGGCUGCAAAGCACGGGGUAGAGAUGCAACUCCAGACAAUAUUAUUAAUACUAUGCAAAUAGGGACUAGGACACCAUUUGAUUCUCUGAGGUGGAGAGGUGGUGACAGUGUGGGAACUGGUAGCAUGCGAGCAGGGUGAAGAAGGGGAUGCCAGAGUGAUCAUUUACAUUUUUCCCCAGUUGUUCUUUUCUUCCCCAUAGAGAUCAAGUCCAAAAAGGGACUUCAUGCCACCUAAGAAGACGUGAGGACUUUUUAAACCUUCCAUGAAAGGCAGUAUGGGUUUCUGGGCCUUUUUUCGCCUUUCUUUCUUUCUUUCUUUUUAACUGGAUGUAUUUUAUUCAAGAUGAGUUUUACAUAAUGCUGGUGAGUCUGAGUACAUGAUAAUGUCCCUGACUCACUGUGGGGCUGGUGGACGCUCACGGUUUCUCUCGCUCUUUGAUCCCAUACAACCACAAGGGGGAUGGGAGAGGGCAAUGCAGAGAUGCAAUGAAAGGGAGGGAGCUAGACCUUUUCCGAUAGGAAACAUAAUGCUUUCUGGUCUUCUUUAGGUUUGGGUGCUUUAGGGCACCUUCAUUUUUCACUCCUAAAGUGUUUUCUGAAGAGAAAUAAAAUCUUAGAAGCUUAAACAUUUACAAUUCUUUACUAGCCAUGAUGACUUGAAGUGCCAUCCCAUUACAGUUUAUUCUCAUUCUCCUCAUCUCUUCCUUUCCCAGUUUGCUUUUCCUUCUAUAAUAAUUUUUGUUUAAAAAGGGGGGGGGGACCCGUUAACAUUUUUUGACUUCACUUUUUCAAUCAUUCAUUAGUUAAUGAAAAGAAAGAAAACAAACUGUGACCUUCUCGUUGCAUAUACGUAGCUUUUGAGAAAGGCUGGAGACACCAUAUUUAAAUUUUACUCAUUAAGAAAAAAAAAAGUAGGAUGACAAGGCCAGUUUUGAAGAUCCUCGUUUCUGAAAUGAAAUGAUCACCCUGUUCUUUCUAUGACUCUCCCACUGACCCCGAGAACGUUCUCUUUGAACCACACCUUAAGGAAGCACAGGCAGAGCACUGCUCUGGAAAUCCUGCCAGCCCCGUGAACGGCGUUUCCAGAUCAUAGGUUCUGUUGUUCAUUUAGUGGAUUUCCACAGCAAGUGCCUCUGAUGAGUGUUAGCCAAUAUGACCUGGUUCAGCUCGUCGUCGUGUGUGCUUCUUGACUGAGGGACAGUCACCUUCAUCAGAACCCUGUCCCCUCCUCAUAUACUCAGUGUGCAUGGACAAUAGCACAUUUCAGUUCACUCUGGUGAGAAAAGACCACUGCUUUGGAUGGAGAAACUUUUUUUUUUUGUUUAAUUGGGGAAUAUUGGGGAACUGUGUUUCUCCAGGGCUCAUGAGCUCCAAGUCGUUGUCCUUCAAUCUUAGUUGUGGAGGGCACAGUUCAGCCCCAAGUCCAG